AUGGUGUCCGCCUCGCCGCGUCGGACUCCGGCGCACGCUCGGCGUUUGACGCGGGAAACCGUGCUGCCAUGCUCAUUGUGGGGCAAGGCUGAUGCUCGCUUCACCGGACUGUUCCCAGGUGGUUUGAUUAUCGGAGUCUUCUUCGAGGUGCUGUUUCUUGGGAUGAUCAUCACCCAAGUCGCCUUCUACGUGCCGAGAGCGUCGAGGGAUCCCGUGCUCUUGAAGUGAGUUCGCAGGCAGUGCACCCCACUCACGUGCGCGCGUUCGCUUCGCUCAGUACAGCGCGAGUACCAUAUGGUUGACGCGCAAGUGCUGAUUCGCGCCCCUUCCCACUUUUCGAAUUUACAACGUCCGCCGCAAAAUUGGCAGAAUCCUUGUCGCAGUGCUCUUCUUCAGCGUCAUGAUCAAAUCAGGAAUCGAUAUCAAGACCGUCUACUCCAAUGUAAGUAGCGAUCAGGAGGCGGCGUGCCAUUUCUGCGGAUUAUCGAGACUUUUCGGAUUUUAAGCGGCCGUGAUAUCCUACAGCCGAAGAAUGAAGCUGUCUCGAAGCUGAUUAAAAUGACUUUUCCCUUUCAAGUAUGUGUUUGGCGUGUACAAAACGCAAGAUCCCACUCUCCCAUGGUCCAUUAAAGUCGGUCUCGUGGUCGGUCAAAUUACCCUGUUGGCCUCUCAGCUCUAUCUGUGCUUUCGUCUGUGGGCGGUCAGUCCUUGUCGCGUAUAUACUAUUCUUCGUCCGACAAUUUCCGAUCGGUACUGAAUGCCUGCUUCUAAUUAUACCUUAUGCACACAGGCGUCUGAGCGGAGAAAGCUCCCCACCGCAAUUGGCUUGAUCGGAAGCUGCGCCUCGUGCGCAAUCUUCAUCGUCUAUGCGGUGCGGCGCAGUGAGUCUGAAUCAAUGUCCGAAUUUUGAGAAUCUGAGAAUCGACCCGAAAUUCGUGCUGAAGAUGGCCCUCCCUCCUGUCCGCAGUUUCAAGACCACAGAUAAUAGGAAACGAGAACAUCCUCCAGUACUGGCUGCCUCUUUGGGCCUUCUCCGCUUGCGUAAGUUUUGGUUUGUGCCAACCAUGGGAAUUCUUCUAGCCCCUCCAGCCGUCGCUAAUCGAAAACCGGACUUUGCUACACCUCAUAGGCGAUCGACUUGUACCUGUCCAUCGCUUUUGCUCAUUAUCUGCUACGCGCAAGACGAAGAGCUAUCAGCUACAAGUGCGCAGUCACAACCUUGGCAGGGCGCCUAGUUCGAUCAAAGCUGAUUUUCAAGUGGGGAAACCAAUAUUCUGCCCAGACUCGAGUUCAUGCUAGGGCGACUCACCUCCAUCGCGAUCACGACGUGUUUUCCAUCAGCAGUCUUCGCCCUCUUGCUGGCGAUCCUGGAAAUUGUCGCCCCGGAUCGAUCGGUGAGCACCCUUUCAAAUGAAUCGGCUACAAGGCAUGCCUAACGCCAUGUAACGCCCUGUUCUUGUUCGUAGCCGUGGCUCUUUUUCUUGAUCAACGUCUCCAGCGUAUACACGCUCUGCAUUCUUCACACUCGUAAGUCGCGUUUGUGCGGCGUACGAAAAUUCCUCUAAUACCGUACUUAGAUUAAUAGACACGUUUCUCGCAGUUAACUCCCGCAAGCAAAUCACCGAGGACGCUGUUCGGAUCGUUAAGGCUGACCCUACUGGCGGCGGACUAGCAAAAAUGCAGGGCGAAGGCCAGGAUGCCACCACCCAACCUGCUAGUUUAAUCUCUAUCCUGAGUCGAGCGACGAGACAACCAGGCGGCGUAUCCAAAACCACAUUUGAUGAAGAAACUGGUCUCAGCUCUAAACCGGGGCAUUCGAUGCAACACUUGCACCGCCAAGGCUCCACUGCACAAGGGGUCGGAUACGAAAUCAAAGUCGAGCGCAAAAUUGAGAGGAUGAACUCGAUCGACUUUUCGACUAUGAAAAAAGCCGAGGAAGACGGAGAUGUGCAGUUGAUGGGAACACCGGCGACAGAUACGGGAUCGGCGGAAGCAGAGCCUUCGCAAGCGGCGAAUCAGUGGACGUGCUCUUGGGCAGGUGGACCUCCGAUGACGUGA